CGCAACAUCGUAUCGGGCAUGGUAUGCAUCUGUGAUCGCAACUCCAUCCAUAGAUCUACCACUAUCCAGUCACGACAACAAGCAAAGAGCGCGGUGGACGACGGUAAAAGGAGAACGGUAUAUGGAAAGAACACAGGAGGCCAGCCGCUGAGAGACGUAAAUAAGGAGAUUCGGGUGUCUUAAUUUCAUCCAUCCUAAAUCGCCAUCGUCGCUCCGAAGAUUGGACCGGUAAAAACAUUCACAGAUUCGAGAGCUCCGAGCAUCGUUCAAUCGCAAACUCCAGUUUUCCUCUCCUCCUCCCCAAUUUACCCGGAUUUCGAAACGUACGCAGCGAAGCUGCCAGACAGAGUCCCGACUGUCGCUUCCUCCGUUCCGAGGAGAUCGAGUCAUGGGAGGCUAGUGAGGACACCUAGGUAUCUUCAAUUGGCUAAUGGGCCCCAUCAAAUCGUCCCGAUGACGACGGCGCGGUGCUGAUUUCGGCAGGGGCGGUGUUACUUCAUCAACGAAUAUGGCGCGUCGACGAAAAACUGAUGCCAAACCUUCGGCGAAAUUGACAUCGGCGGCAGCGGCGGCGGGGCCAGCAUCGUCAGAGAAGCCAACAGCGGUGAGAAAGUCACGUCGACAAAUAGCCAAGAAACAAUUGGAUAAGAAAGAGAACGGAGAAGGGACAGUUCGCGAUGUGCCGCACCAGAAAUCUCAGAACGAAUCUGAGGAGCCUGAAUCUGAGGGAAACUCAAACAUAGAUCAGACGGUUGUGCAGCACAAAAAAUUUGGUAAGUACAGAUGCCCAACCGAAAUCGGGGGAAAGGAACAUCCUCAGCAUGUCAACAACUCGUCGACUAAGGACAGCGAUUCGAGCGACAGCCAGGAAGUCGCAGCCGAGUUUCUGCAUGAGGGCAACACCGAAACGAACAUGACGCAAAUGGAUGUGAACACUAUUGUUGACGAGAAUUGUUCGAACGAGGUAGUCUGGCAGGAGGAUGUGAUAGAGGAGACGAUCGAAAUAUGCGAGGAAAUGGAGGUGGAAGAUGGUGCAGUCGAGGAAAGCUACACCAUCUCCCAGGAGGAUGGCAACGUCGUACUGGAGGAAGUUCUACUCGUCAAUAAUCAUGACUUCGAAGGUGACGGUGUGGUUGAGUUUACCGUCAUUCAGAACGAGGACGGAACGGAAUCAAUGGUCGUCGCCAGAGAUGACCAAAAUCUCUCGUGCAAGGAGUACAUCGCCAAUAGUCUCGCAUUGCAGCAAACGAAGAAAGGUGGGCGUGAACAUGAGGAGUCUGACGAGUUUCGGGAGAUCGAGAAAGGUGUGGGAAACAUUACCGUCCAAGAAUCUGCCGAGACUGGGAUCAAAGAUGCUGAGCUAUCGGGAGUGUUCAAUCACCUCUUGCCAGGCUCCAAAAGCAAGACAAAAAGUUCAGUCAAAGGAGAUGGCGAACAAACUAGCAAAGUAGAACGAGACGAUAAAGUGUCUUUGAACUGCCGUAGUGAAAAUUGUGUAGAAAAUUCGACAGUUUGGACAGCCGACAAUGCCAGAGUCAGCCCUGAAUCUGGUGACAUCAACACCUCUGUGGAUUCAAGUGCAAUUUCUAUGAAUUUACCCAUAAAUUUAGAUAGGGAUAAUAAUUUUAUUAUGAAUGCGACGACGGAAAACAAAGUUCAAAUCGAAUUGAACGCCAAUCGUUGCGCUCAGUCUAGUGAAAAUAUUCGGACAGAUAAUUUAAUAAAUAAAAGCGCGAAGAAAGUCGAAGACACCGAAAAGCCACAUUGUUCGACCAAACCUGAGUGCUCGAGUGAAGAAAAAAUUGUGCAGAGGUUGGAGGUGAAAAAAAGCAGCGACGAUGUUGUUAUGCCAAAAGUCGGAGGAAAAGAGAAGAGUGCUAACAACGUAGUCGACGAAUCCUCGUCAGGCGAUAGCGAGAUUGACAUCAAAGCGGAUACAGAGGACAUUAAGAUGUCAAGCAGCAGCGAGAACAGCAACGAUACUCUGAUUUCUGGUAACUCGGGCUAUAAACUACCCGAGUUCACGGAUGUUAAAAACAUUCCUAAUCAACAGAACGACACGGAGAAAAAGACUGGGUUUAGGAGCCGCAGCGGCAGUACUGAUACGACAGGAUCCGAAAGUGGCUCCAACAGCUCUGGCGUUCGACGCAGCAGCCGUAUCAGGUCUAUAGGUCUGAUGAAACAGAGGUCGAGGGGACGAGGCUUGGUCACUAAGCCUAACCUGGAUUUGUCCAGAGCGGUAUUUCAGCACCAGGAAAGAGAGAAACUGCUCGCUAGCAGUGGUGCUCUAUCGCAGGACAACUCCAAGGACAAUUCGGACAACCAGUCUGAGACGCAGUCGGACAGGGAAAGCGGCGGGAACAAAACUGGUGGGUUUUUCGACUCACCUGCACCUCUGACUGCGCUUUCAGGCACCGCCGGCUACGAGUCCGACACAUCAAAACCCGUCAAGGUAAAAUCGCGCUGGCGGAGAUCGAGCGAGCUUGAAAUGGGUGGGAGUGGAUCGGCCACCAAGGUUCACCAGCUUCAGUCGGAGGGUGACGCCAGCACCGAGAACAAUCUACCUCUCGUGCUCGGUAGCCCUUCCAUGGAUCUCAGUCUCGUCGCUGUCGCGAGCAAAGUGAACGUUGGCAAGAAUUCCAUGCUGCCGACUGUGCUCGAAGCCAAGGAUAAGGAGAUGGAGGAGAGACUCAGCCAAUUCGAACAUCUGAGGGAGAAUUUGUAUCUAACCGAAAGAUAUACUAAUAAGGAGACGAAGCGUAUGGUUUGCGACUGCUUCCUGACAGAGGAAGAAAUAACUAGGGGUGAAUUGGGCUGUGGCGAAGACUGCCUGAACAGGCUUUUGAUGAUAGAAUGCGGACCAAGAUGCGUUGUCGGCAAUCGCUGUACCAACAAACGGUUUCAAAACUGCGAAUACGCCAAAUGCGAAGUCUUUCGCACCGACAAAAAAGGCUUUGGCUUACGCGCUAUUGCCGAUCUCCAAUCGGGUGAAUUUCUGAUGGAGUAUGUGGGUGAGGUGGUCGAUCCUAAGGAUUUUCGUCGCCGUGCGAAAGACUAUUCCAAGGACAAAAAUAGGCACUACUAUUUCAUGGCAUUGAAGUCUGAUCAGAUAAUCGAUGCGACUUCCAAAGGAAACAUAUCCCGUUUCAUAAACCACAGCUGUGAUCCGAAUUCAGAAACGCAAAAGUGGACAGUGAACGGUGAAUUGAGGAUCGGCUUUUUUAACAAGCAAUUCAUCGCUGCAGGAGAAGAAAUCACCUUUGAUUAUCACUUUCAACGAUAUGGAAAAGAAGCACAGAAGUGUUACUGCGAAGCCGAAAAUUGUCGUGGAUGGAUUGGUGAGAGACCUGAUGAGGAGAAGGAGAAAACUGAGAAGAAGGAGAAGACUGAAAAAGAUGUGACAAAGAAGAAGAAGGAAGAGAAGAAGAUACACGAUUAUACCGAGGAUGAGGAUCUGGAGGAGGAAAUUGAAAAACUCUGUGCGGGUGGACUAAAGAAUCGAGCACAUACACUGACAUUGAGCAGGUUGAUGGUGCGCAGCAGAGAAUUGGAGCACAGGACGCGGCUUCUGCGUCUGAUACAGAGCGGAGAGCAGCCAUGCCGUCGUCUCUUCCUCGACUAUCACGGCCUGCGUCUUAUAUGGAGCUAUAUGAUGGACGUGGGUUCAAACGCCUCGUCAGAGGCGCAAACUUUCCGCCUUGAGAUUCUCAGGACGUUGAGCAUGCUCCCGAUACCAAACAAGACGAUGCUAAUGGACAGCAAGAUUUUCGCCGUUGUUGAAAAGUGGGCUAAACAGCUUUACUCCUCGCCCACGACCAGCGGAUCGCCGGAAGAAGAAGACUCGGUGAAGCCAAAGUUGAAUUGUGACGAGCCGGACAGUAGUUGCGACGUCGACAGCAACGAAAGGCUCGCCACGAUUGAUCCUGUAAUUUCGGGUUCCGAUCCCAGCAAAGGAUCGAAGGAAUUAGAUGUCUCGACUGCUGAACCUAUAAGUGAGGUUAAAAACGAUCCUGAGGACGUUGCCAAAGCUCUUGAAGAGCAAACCACCUUCACUGAGCUCGCAAACAGCCUUUUAUGCGAAUGGUCCAAUCUCAAGGAGGUAUUUCGCAUACCCAAGAAGGAAAGGAUCGAACAGAUGAAGGAACAUGAGAGAGAAGCAGAUCGCGGCUACAAGGAGGAUCUGGAGAAAGAGGACAGGCGAGACAAUUCAUAUGAAAGAUCCUACAGAUACGGACGGAGUGACAGUGGGGGCAUCGAGAAGCGAUCGGAUCGACGACGAGGCCGGGAGUCUCCGGACUUCGAUUACAGCAGCAGAGGGAAAGAGAAGAGGGUCGAGGAGCGGGUGAAUCUCGUGCCGAUACCAAGGAUGUCGAAACACGAACGACGACAGUUGUUUGCGAUGAAAGUUGCCAAGGAGGAGGAAGAGCGCCAGCGACGUCAGCAGCAGGAAACUUGGCAAGAACACGAGGCUCGCUGCCUGGCUCUUGGCAUGGAUCCCCACACCACCGCUGCUCUAGAUCCGCAAACCGGAUAUCCCCUAUUCUUCAACCCUUCGCUCGGACAAUGGCAACAUUAUCCACCGAUACAGGAUGCCCCUGACCUGACGGUGCAGUGCGCACCUGUCUACCUUGGAGGAUCUCAACCCCUCGCGGGUCAGCCUGGCAUAUUGGGACAAACGCAACAUUUGAUACCGCCCGGAGUGCCGCCGCCCGCCGUUUUCCCCCAAACCCAACAGCAGCAGCAGCUGAAUUCCGUCGGCGCGUACGCGCCCCUUCUCGGAGCGCAUCAUCACGAUCAUCAAUUCGCCGAUGGUCAGCUCAGGAUAUCCGGUAAUCUGAUACCGAUACAGAACGGUGGCUCGACGGCAGCGGCGGCGGCCGUUAGUCAGGUCGGGAUUCAUCAGGAUCCAGCGAGUAUUUAUGCUGGUGAUAAAAUACCGGAGGGGCUCGAAAACGCCGAAACCGCAUCGCCCCCGCCGCUCGACUUGCCGCCGAAGUGGAAAUCUGCUAAGGAUCCGAGGGGUCGCACCUAUUACUACAACGUUAACGAGCGGAUCUCUCAGUGGCUGCCGCCACCGCCUGACCACCUAGCAGCUUUACCUGAAACAUCAUCCAGCUCGGAGUCGAGCGACGAAAGUAGCUCUUCCGAUGAGGCGGAAGACGAGGAACUCGAGGAGGACGAGGACGAGGAUAUUGGUGCGGACGAGACCGCCUGCCAGAUGGACGUCGAAUCUGCCGCCGGCAAUCAGUCGGCCCUUGUUGCCCUGAAGGCUAAUUUCGCGGAAAAAUUUGAUGCGACGGCCGGUGACGAGGGUUCUAUUAUCAUUUCGGAACCAAAGAAGAGGAGGGAUGGACUUGUUCAGGAGAGGAUUAUCAGCCCACGGCGAGAAGAUGAGCGCGUCGAUCACAAAAAGUACAAGGAAACAAAGGAGAAGUUAAGACGGCAGAAAGAAAAGGCAAAGCUCAAGGAGCACGUGGAGAAAUUGAAGAAGCACAGACGUGGCAGUAAAUCGAAAUCUCACUCGCGAACCAGUCAUACCUUGAGUAAAAUUCAAGCGAUAACGGCCGACCCGUCUGUCACUUUGGAACGAAAGAUCAAGGACACAUUUAGGGUAAACAUGGCGAACGUUAUGGUACACUUUUUAAAUCCUUAUAGAAAAAACGACUGCAAACAGGGUAGAAUCACGAACACCGAGGACUUUAAGCAUCUUGCCAGAAAGCUGACCCACUUCGUGCUCGCCAAAGAACUGAAGCAUUGCAAAAGCGUGGACGAACUGCAGUGCAACGAAAAUGUAAAACACAAGGCCAAGGACUUUGUUCGCAAGUACAUGAACAAGUUUGGCCCUGUUUACCAAAAGGGUUCGGACGAAGAUUAAUAUUAGGGCGUAGGUAUUAGUAAUUUUUCUAAUUUAUUAUAACAACGGCAAUAAUUAUGAUGACGAUGAUUAUGAUAAUGACGUCAACAACAACAACAACAACAACAACAACAACAAUAAUAAUAAUAAUGGCAACAACGGCAGUAUAAACAAUCAUUUACUAUUAUUACUAUUAUUGUUAUUGUUACUCAUAAGAAUAUAAUGUGUACUUUUGCCUCGACGUUGACAAUUAUUAUUACUAUUAUUAUCGGUAUAAUUAAUAAUACCUAUAAUUGUUUUAAAUCGUGAUGGUGAUAUCUUUCGACUACAGGCAAAAUAUCCUUGUGAUGACGACGAAAAAUUGUAAAGUUGCGUAGGGGAAAUUCUUCUGUAUAAUUGAUAUGUUAAUGUGUAGAUACAAUUUAAAUAAUAAUUCAUUAUUUUUAGUAAAGAAACAAUGAAAAACAAAACAAAAAAAAGAAAUAAAACAACCGACAAACCAAUCAAGAAC